AUGGCUUCUACUAUGGCUACAAACAGAGCGGCCGUCCAUAAUAACGUCCGGCCAAAUCGUAUCGGUACAUCAACACUCAACGGCGACCGUACAAACUCUACACACAAUGCUGGGAUGGCCAACGGAUUUCCUGCCAGUAAAGAUCGCUGGAACAACAACAUAUGGUCUAGAAAUACGUUUGGUUCCGACAGUGAGUCGGAAGGCACUGUAACUAGAGAAAACGCUUUUCAGGGAAAGUCUGGUUCGUCCUCUUUGUUGGCAACAUCGGAAUCCGAUGGCUGGGCUGGCCGUGCUAGCCUUCCUUGGAAUACAGUUGGCUCAGCGUCGACCUUGAACAGCAUCAAAACAUCUCCCAUCGAGGCUCGCUCCGGCGAUCGAAGCGCACCAGCCAGCGCUGGUAGUGGUGAUAACAACUCGUACUUUUCACUACCACGCAGCGCUGCAAUCGGUCAGAAUGGAAGCACCGGCGCUUCAAAGGCUUAUCUUGGGUCGAAUGGGGAAAAUUAUUCAGUACCUGCUACUGAGGGAUUAUCACUAUCGAACUUCGGAAACUUCAGGAAUGAUGAACACUCCGUACAGGCACAAUUCCCCUCUUUUUCGAACAACCAGACUACAGGUGGGUUCCAAAGGAAGUCGAGUUUGGUGCCGAAUACGCAACGAUCUGAAGAAGUCCUUGUGUCCAUGGGAGCUAGCGCGUUUUCACACGUUGGGUCAGAGUCUAUAUCGGCUGGKUCAACCCGUCACGUCGGUUCCAACAAUUAUCCUCACUCGGCCUAUCAGUCCUACCAAGCCGAAGCUCAGAAUCUAGGUUCCCGUUUAUCCAGCGGGCAAAUUGAUAUCGGCGCCGGUCUAAAUCAACUGCAUUUGAACGAUAACGGCUAUCAGAAUGCUCACCGCAAUGCAUAUGGUCAACAAGAUUCGUUCGAUAUCUCUUCUGGCAACCGCUUCAAUCAUGUACAAACGGAUGAUGUCAAUUACCAAGACUAUGUCUCCGAAUUCUCAAACGAUGGACCACUCGCACCAUAUCAAUCACUAUCCAGACUCGGUGAACGUGACCAGUCUCCUGGUGACUAUGGCCGAGGCCUGGGUAAUUCCUUCUAUUCCAGUGCCCGGACACCUCCCGUAGCAGCCAGUCAACUUCGUCCCUCUUCUGGUCAUCGCAUGUCUGCUCAAAUCAGUGAUGGACAAGCAGCACUUUUGGACCGUAGGCUGCGAGGAUUGCAACAGGAUCAAGACUUUAGUCAUGCUGCAGGGACUGCUAUACAACAACGUAUUUCGAUUCCUAAUGGCUACGAUCUCUCCGGGUACUCAACUGCUCGGCUAAAUAGCUUUCCCCAAUACUUACAAAUGCCAUACAACAAUCUGCCGCCGUCCAUUGUUCAACGCGUCUCCCACCGUGAACCAGACCCCAGUCAGGUUGUUCGCAGCCCUCUCCUCGAAGAGUUCCGGACUCACAAUAAGUCAAACAAACGAUACGAGCUCAAGGAUAUUUACAACCACAUUGUGGAAUUCAGUGGUGAUCAACAUGGAUCUCGGUUCAUCCAACAGAAACUCGAGUCCGCCAACAGCGAUGAGAAAGACCAAGUCUUCCGCGAAAUUCAGCCCAACUGCUUGCAACUCAUGACCGAUGUCUUUGGCAAUUACGUCGUUCAGAAACUCUUUGAGCAUGGGAAUCAGUCUCAGAAGAGGAUUCUUGCGAAUCAGAUGAAAUCCCACAUCUUGGCUCUCUCCACCCAGAUGUAUGGAUGCCGCGUUGUUCAAAAGGCAUUGGAACAUAUCCUCACCGACCAACAAGCCGCCAUGGUGAAGGAAUUAGACCAGCAUGUCAUGAAAUGCGUCCGGGACCAAAAUGGUAACCAUGUCAUUCAAAAGGCUAUUGAGCGAGUUCCCACGCAACACAUUCGCUUCAUAAUUGAUGCCUUCAAGGGUAAUGUCAACAAACUUGCCACUCACCCGUACGGCUGCCGAGUCAUUCAGCGAAUGCUAGAACAUUGUGAAACUGCCGACCGUGAAUCGAUUCUUGCUGAGCUUCACGUCUGCACAGAAUCAUUGAUUCCUGACCAAUUCGGCAACUAUGUCAUCCAGCACGUCAUUGAAAAUGGCGAGGAGAAGGAUCGAUCUGUAAUGAUCAAAUCUGUCGUCAAGAAUGUUCACAACUUCUCCAAGCAUAAGUUUGCCAGUAACGUCGUGGAAAAGAGUAUCGAGUUUGGUGAAGAGAGCCAGCGACGAGAAAUCAUUCGACUGCUUACAGUGCACAAUGACCGCGGCGAGAGCCCAUUGCUAGCCUUGAUGCGAGACCAAUACGGCAAUUAUGUAAUUCAAAAAGUCCUUGGUCAAGUGAAGGGUUCGGAGCGAGAGAUGAUCAUCGAUGAGAUUAAGCCAUUGCUCAGUCAGCUGAAGAAAUUUAGUUAUGGCAAGCAAAUCAUGGCUAUUGAGAAACUUAUUGUUGACCCUAACGCCCCAACCGUUGCUGCAAAUUCUUCAACCACGCCACCAGCCUCACACAAGUCUUCACCACAACCUUCUCGCAGAUCGCUUGCCGACAUGCGACCACUUGGUGGUGUGGCACCUCCUACMCCUCCACCCACCGAUACUCAGAGUCUUCAUGAAGGGUCUGCCACUGAUGGAUCAGUUGACGGACCUAUCGAAACCUCCAAGGGUCUGGCUACCACUUCCAUUGCUGCCAUACCUGACUCUACCACGACUACCCAUCAGACUGGAGCUGAGGUCACCGUGGCAGUCAGUGUUCCAUCUGAAUCACGAGCUUAA